AUGUCUAAUAAGAAGGAAGAUUUCAACCAAAUUGUUGAACCUGAGUUAACAAAUUCAGAGAAAAAACAAGUUUUGGAUCAAACAUUGGAUAAACCAUCUUCAACUUCUUCAAUCAAAGAACAAACCACUAAUAGUACUGAUCUUGAUCAAGAUCUUGAAAACCAAAACAAACAAGUUUAUGAAACUGCAUGGCCUAAAAAAUUAUUAUAUAUCGCUUAUGCUGGUUUAAUAUUCACAGCUUUAGUGGAGAAUUUCGCUGCUGAUUCUACUAAAAACUUGGAUUCUUAUGCAACUUCAAGUUUUAAUGCUCAUUCAUUAAUCGCUACAGCUGCUGUUGUUUAUAAAAUUAGUGCUAUUUGUGCUUAUCCAAUCUUGGCCAAAUUAGCUGAUUUAUUAGGACGUGGUGAAGGGUUUGGGUUAGCCAUUUUCCUAUAUACUGUUGCCUAUAUAUUAUACGCAGCUUGUGGUAAUGUGGAAACUUAUAUCAUUGCAGAGAUUUUCUAUGCAAUUGGUAGAAACGGGUAUAGAGUUUUCCAACAAAUUUUCAUUGCAGAUACAACAUCUUUAAUUAAUCGUGGUAUUUGGUCUCAAUUACCUGGUGCCCUAACUGCUGUGCCUUCAUUAUAUGCUGGUUCUGAAGUUAUGGAUGCAUUCUUGGAACAUUCAACUUGGAGAUGGGGGUAUGGUUGCUUUGCUAUAAUCAUUGGUGUUUCAAUGAUUCCAUUAACUUUAAUCAUGACUAUUUUAGAUAAAAGAGCUAAAAAAUUGGGUCAAAGAAAAGAAAUUCAAGUGCUCAAGAAUUUACCACAAGGUUCAAUUUGGAAGAAAACCUAUCAUUUAUUAUUUGUGGAAUUAGAUGUUUUAGGUGGUGUUUUAUUAAUUGUUGGAUUUGCAUUAUUUUUCAUCCCAUUCACUUUAACUGGUAAACAAUCUUCUUAUAGAUGGCAUGAGGGUAAAUUGAUUGCGAUGUUGGUUAUUGGAUUCAUCACUUUUUGGUGUUUUGUUGCAUGGAAUGCCCUUUAUAAACAUAAACCAAUUCCAAAUAGAAAACCAUUUGUCCCACCACAAUCAUUGACUAAUAAAACUGUGAUUAUUGUUUUAGUUAUGGUUGCAUUAGAUUUAUGUGAAAAUUCAUCUUUUGCUACUUAUUUUUCCACCGUUUUACAAGUUGGUGGUUAUUACACUGCUGGUGAAGCUACAAGAAUUGAUAAUUCUAAAAAAGCCACAAUUGAUAUUGCAUCUGUUAUUUGUGGGUUAUUGAUGAAAUAUACUAAAAGAUCCAAGAUUUAUGUUAUGAUUGGUGUUCCAUUCUUAGUUUUAGGUCAUGGUUUAUUAGUUUAUUUCAUGAAUAGAGAUGGCAAAUUAGAAAAAACUGUCUUGUUAAUUGUUAUGGAAGUUUUCAUUGGGUUAGGUAGAGGUUUUUAUCAAUGUGGUUUACAAGUUACAAUUCAAGCUAUUGCCGGUGUUGAUGGUAUUGCAAUGUCAACUGCAUUCUUUAUGGCUUUCAAUUCUGUUGGUUCAUUAAUUGGUAGUGCAAUUGCAGGUGGUAUUUGGAAUUCAGUUUUAUUAAAUAAAUUGGAAAAAUACUUACCAACUGAUUCAAAAUCAAAAGCUACAAGUAUUUAUAAGUCUAUUAAAGUUGCUAAAAGUUUUAAAAAGGGAACUCCAGAAAGAAUUGCAAUCUCAAAAGCUUAUAGAGAAACCAUUCAAAUCAUUGGUUAUACCGGGUUGGGUAUAAUUGCACCAAUGCUAAUUUUAAUGUUUUUAAUCAAAGAAGUUAAAUUAACUGAUAAAAGAGAUAUCUAUGAAGGUGAUAAUGUUGAAGAUGAAGCCGAAGGUGUUCAAGUUCCUGUUAACAACACUACAAUUCCAGCUACUGAACCAAUGGUCAUCAAGAAGUAG